AUGUCAGCCAAUAAAGCCUCCAGAAUAGGAGAAGAAAUAUGGAAAACAAGAGUCGAUAAAGUCAAUGCGGAGCUAGUCACAUUAACCUACGGUACCAUUGUGGCCCAAUUAUGCCAAGACUACAACAGCGACUACCAGGAAGUGAACAAGCAAUUGGAUAAAAUGGGGUAUAAUAUUGGUAUGCGGUUGAUCGAAGAUUUCCUGGCCAAAUCGGGGGUCGGCCGGUGUGCCAAUUUCCGCGAGACAGCGGAUAUGAUUGCCAAAGUGGGCUUUAAGAUCUUUCUGAAUGUUGCUCCGACAGUCACCAAUUGGACUAGCGAUAACAACCAGUUCUCAUUGAUCUUCGAUGAUAAUCCGCUCGCGGACUUUGUGGAGUUGCCGGAUGAUGGACGGGCACAAGAUGAACUUUGGUUCUCUAAUAUCCUGUGUGGAGUUCUUCGGGGGUCGCUAGAAAUGGUUCAAGUGCAGAUCGAGGCACACUUUGUGAGCGAUGUACUUCGUGGAGACGACACUACGGAGAUGCGGGUCUCGCUGGUCCGAUACAUCGAAGACGAGAUGCCUCCAGAGGAAGAGUAA